ACCAGAGAUCAGAGGGACCAACAAAGCUCAUCACGUCGUCUACAAAAAUGGGAACAAAUGCACCUCAGAUCAGGAUGCUGGUCCUGCUUGUUCUAGCCCUGCUCCUCCCUGCCUCUCUCUGCUCCUCUCUGCUGCUGCCAGUGGACUGUGCAGAUAUCCAUGAGCACUACCCCUCCAAGCCCAGUGGGGUGUACACCAUCUUCCCUGGGGGGCCCGUCUCCCCCCUGCAGGUCUACUGUGACAUGGACACCGAUGGGGGAGGAUGGACGACCUUCCAGAGGAGGAUAGAUGGCUCUGUGAACUUCUACAGGCCCUGGAGUCACUACAAGAAGGGUUUUGGCAAUAAGAAUGGGGAGUACUGGCUAGGGCUGGACAACAUCUUGCUGCUGACCUUGAGGAACAAUAAUGAGCUGAGGGUGGACAUGGAGGACUGGGACGGGGGAAAGGUGUACGCUCAGUAUACGUCCUUCUCUGUGGACCUUGAGACCUUCGGAUACACACUGCGACUGGGCAGCUUCAUCAAUGGAGGAGCAGGUGAUGGCCUGGCCUACCACAAUGGAAUGAAGUUCAGCACCUUCGACAAAGACCAGGAUACAUCUGGUGGGAAUUGUGCUAAACUUUAUCUUGGGGCCUUCUGGUAUGCUGAUUGUCAUUAUGCCAAUCCCAAUGGUGUUUACAGGUGGGGGGCAGAUAAUACACUGUUUGCAGUUGGAGUUGAUUGGAACCAAUUUAAAGGUUAUGAUUACUCUCUGAAAUCCAUCAACAUGAAGAUCAGACCGGUGUCCUAAAACGUGAAGAAUUCUGAAAUAUAUUGUGUGCCACAACUGAAUAGUCAAACAAAUGCUAUCAGUUUUCAGGCCAGUUUAUCUGAUCGUUAUUCUAAUAAGCUGGGCCUCAUGGGAUACUUUUGCUGAUAAGAGACAAAUUCAGUACAAGCCUUCUCUCAUUAUGUUACAUAACCGAUUUACGGUACCUGAAAUGUGAGAGGUUUAAUCAGUUUAAAGAUCAAUUUUUUUUUCAAUGUUUAUGCCGUUCAAUGUCUUUUUUAAUAUCAUAAUUACAGCAUAAGAUUGCCUAAUACAUCAUGACAUAGGCUAUAUCAAUACGUAUAAACUUUUGAUAAUUUAUCAAAAUGUCGAAAUGUAUUUGUGCACGGGCGUGUUCAUGUGUUCCUUGUCCCAGUCCUCCAUAAACAC